CGGGUAGACCUUUUUCUUUUGUUACGAGCCAACUGUUUGAAUUAUCAGCUUACUAGUGCUGACACGUACAUAGGAAGAGGAAUCAGAGCUUUGCGUAAUACUUAACCUGCUUCAAAAAGUCUCAUUUAGUUGGUAAAAAGACCAUGGCCAGUAAGUUCAGUGAGCAUGGAGUUGUACCGGACGUUGUUGAUCAGGAACCUGCUGCCAUAGCAACAGUCACAUGGGCGUCAGGGGUGGAGGCUAAUCUAGGAAAUGUUCUCACUCCUACGGUUGUGAAGGACGCACCAACAAUGACAUGGCCUAGUGAAGAGGGCGCUCUUUACACAGUGGUGAUGACAGAUCCAGAUGCUCCGAGCCGUGCGGAUCCCAAGUUCCGUGAGUGGAGGCAUUGGGUAGUGGUCAACAUCCCUGGAACAGACGUCAGCAAGGGUCUUGUGUAUGCUCCAUACAUUGGCUCAGGACCUCCCAAAGGCACAGGUUUACAUCGCUAUGUGUUGCUAGUGUACAAGCAAUCAGGUGAGCUCCAGCUGCAGGAUCCAGUGCUACAAAGAACCACUAAAGAUCGGGGCGCUACCAAGACAAGGGAGUUUGUUGCCAAGUACAACCUAGGCAACCCUGUGGCGGGGAACUUCUAUCAGGCAGAAUGGGAUGACUACUGCACACAACUUUAUAAGGAGAUUGCAUAGUGAAUUAUUACUUUUUAAUAAUGGCCCCAAGCUAAGGAUUUUGAAAGGCUUCAUUAUUUUUCAUUUUCUGAUUUUAGGGUCUGAUUUAAGUUUCUCACUUUGUAAACUUCUUAUGUGGUUUUCUAGGCAAAACUGACCUUUUUUUAAUGUGUGUUUAAAACUUCUACACUGUACUUGAUGCCCACAUUCUACUUAUCCAACUAGACUAGACAUACGGUAAAUGCCUCUCAUCUUUUAUUUCCAGCUGACAGGCCAUUGCUGGUUUUCCCUGCCACAGAUGAAUUUAAGACAUGGGAAUUCGGAAAACAAAGCUUGAAUUUCUUAUGGCAAGAAAAGAAAGUGAACAUGUGAUAUUUCAGAUUAGUUAUCCAAUCAUUUUAGUUCUAAAUUAUAUGAAAAUGAUAGAAAUUACACACCUGUAGUACUAUUAUUCUUAGUAAUUUUAGUGUUUCAAUUGCUCUAGUGUUACUUGUGAGUCUAGAUAAAAUUGGACAAAGAUGUAUUUUCUCUUUUAAAAUUCAAAAUGGGUACAUGUAGGUAAGUUGUGAUGAUAUAUUAUUUGAUGCAACCGUGUUUGUAUUGGUAUGAGCACUGAAACCUUACAUCAUUAAAUCUUAAUUGUGAUACAUGUAUGCUUGGCGACACAGUAAUAGCAAUACUGGCAGAUAAACAAUCGCAUGCCUACAGCUCAUUCAUGAAGCAUUUAAAUUGCUAAAUUUAAAGAUGGUUUGUCCCUUUUUCAGAUCUAAAAACCUGAAGUUGAAGAGGUCUAUUGCUAGGAAUCAUCCUCCAAAUGAAAAAAGUGGAAGCUGUCUUUCAACAAAUAAAUUGUUGAAUGUUUAACUCCAGAUAUUUAUUUUCUCAGACUCAAACAAUAUUUGUGAGUAGUUCAAAAUUAAUAGACCAUUAUAUCUGUUGAUGAUUUGAGAUCAGCUCCUACUGCAGCAAUAUGAAAAUAGCGCUAGAACCAUUGACUGUAAAAUUUCACACAGGAUAUCUGAAGGAUAUAUUUUGAAUAAUCGCUAAGAUUUAUGGAGUUUUCAUAAGUUUGCAAAAGGGACUUACUGCCUUUAAUUGAAUAUUCUGAAGCAUUAUAUCUACUUUCUUAUUAUUGAGCAUAUUCAGGAAUGUCUAAAGUUUAAUUGUGUAUACCUGUGACGUUUGUGUGAUAACCUUUUUGAUGGAAAGAAAGUGUGAAGCAUCAGAAAAAACUCUACUUUGAAAAAAUGUUGUCUAAUUUAUCAAAGAGCAAGUCGUUUAAUUUCUGAUGUUGGCUUUAAAAAUGAAAGAAGCAAUGGAGAAGGAAAGUAUGGGCAUUAUUUACUUGAGUUUAUGUGCUAAGGUAUUCAGGUUAGUUAUUCUGAAGGUAAACAGUAAAAACAUCAUUUGUAUGAGAAAUUUUGAAUAGUGAAAAAUAUAUAUUAUGGAUUACGGUAGAUUUGACAGACUCACUGCCAUUCAAAUGAAUAGGUGUGUUCUUUGGUUCCCCAUAUUGAAAUUGUGGGUAGAGAAAGAUGUUUUGAGGACAGAUUUGUAUUUUUUCCAUAUUGGACAACCUUUGUCAAUAUUACCAUGUUAAAUCAUUCUCAGUAUUAAUGUUGGACAAUCAUCGCCAGUGCACUCAUGUUCAUAUAUACUAGACAAAUCAUGAUCCUUGAAAUGUUUUCUGAAUCUGUGAGAUUUACUGAACAUAAGUAUCAUGAAUGUUAACUGAGCUUGGUACCCAUUUCAAGGCCAAUUGACCACAUUUUUUCUAAUGUUAUAACAUUUAUUGUGUGAGCUUGCACUAAGAUUUUCCUAUUUUUAAAUGAUUUAGGAUUGGUUAUUCUGUUUUAGCAAUAUUAAGGGAGGAUGCCUAUUUGCACAGUCUGUAUUUGUAUUGCCUUGUGGAAAUGCAUUAUUAUUAGUUUUCCUUUUCAAUUGAAAUAAUGCCAAAGUGUGACUUCUUGUAUAAUCUGCAUGCCAAUGAAACAUUAUAGGGACAAAACACUAAUUCAUUUCUUUGUCAUUAGAAUACUAACUAGGAGAUCUGUUUGAGUUACUUCAAGUAGCAAAUAUGAAAUAUGUGUUGUGUAUUCUGUUAUCCUCUCAUAAGAGGAGUCUUGUAACAAACAAAUAAAAUCAAAUGAUCUUUUAUAUUAAUGAAA